CACAAGGAUUAGAGGCUCGCUGGGAGACAAGCAGCCAGAAGACACACAGAUAACAGCAAGAAAGGAUAGUGUGGUAGAUAAAGCAUUUGAUAUUAUUUAUUUUUUCUCUUAAGAUACUAUACUUCUCAGUCUAUAAAAGAAGAGUCUACCUGGAGCGGGACAAGCCAAAUGGACAACUAUCCUAACUGGACAUCCACACUGGGAGCCAUGUGAUCCGCACCGCUCUACCCACUUACCUCUACUCAGUCCCCCCUUGUUUUAUACUCUGUGCUGGGAAACCAAAGGAUUUUGUUCUUACCUGGAGCCACCACUUUGAGGGCUGGCGUUGUGAGGGACUAACCCCAGGGGAAGACGCUCAUCUUGGGGCACUGGUUGGAGUGUAAGUGCCCCCUGGUCUUGGAGGGCCAGCCAACAGCACUCCACCCGCACCAUGGAUUACCUGUUGGGGAUAGUGGUGUUGCUGUGCUCCGCGGUGCAGCCACUGAGAGCACUGGAGCCAAAGCACACUGUACCCAGGUUAAAGCUGUCAUUCAAGGAGAUGUUGGAGUCUAGUAAUCUUGUAACCUUCAAUGGCCUAGCCAACAGUUCGAGCUAUGAUGCAUUUCUACUGGAUGAGGAGCGAGGGAGGUUAUUGGUGGGUGCAGAGGACCACAUCUUCUCUUUUGACCUUGUGAACAUUAACAGAGACCACCGAAUGAUUGCGUGGCCGGCCACCCCCUCAAAACGGGACGAGUGCAAGUGGGCAGGAAAAGAUUUAGGGAAAGAGUGUUCCAACUUUAUCCGAGUAUUACAACCGUACAACCAAACGCACUUGUACAUCUGCGGCACAGGGGCCUUUCAUCCCAUUUGUUCUUUUCUGGAGAUGGGCAAAAGGGCAGAGGACAACAUCUUUCGAAUGACCCAGCACUUUGAGAAUGGCCGCGGGAAAAGCCCGUACGACCCCAAGAUGCUGUCCGCCUCUCUGCUGAUCGAUGGUGAGCUGUACUCUGGCACAUCUGCAGAUUUUAUGGGAAGGGACUUUGCCAUUUUCCGUACUCUGGGAGACCACCAUCCAAUCAGAACCGAGCAGCACGAUUCAAGAUGGCUGAAUGAUCCUAGAUUUAUUAGCGUUCACCUAAUUCCUGAGAGCGACAACCCAGAAGACGACAAAAUCUUCCUGUUUUUCAAAGAGAAUGCCAUGGAUGGAGAGCACACCGGCAAGGCAACCAUUGCAAGGAUAGGACAACUGUGUAAGAAUGACAUGGGUGGCCACAGAAGUCUUGUCAACAAAUGGACCACAUUCCUCAAGGCUCGCCUGAUGUGCUCCGUACCUGGGGUCAACGGCAUAGACACACAUUUUGACGAGCUACGUAAGUAUUUUUUCUUUCAUCUAUGCAUUUUAUGUUUAGGAAAAUCCUCUCAUUUCCAUUCUUGUUUUGUUAUUUUAGAGGAUGUAUAUCUUAUGAGCGCCAAGGACCCCAAGAACCCACUCAUCUAUGCUGUGUUCACCACUUCCAGUAACAUCUUUAAAGGCUCAGCAGUGUGUAUGUACAACAUGGCUGACAUCAGGAGGGUGUUUCUUGGUCCCUAUGCUCACCGAGAUGGCCCAAACUACCAAUGGGUACCAUUUCAAGGAAGAGUACCUUACCCUCGACCUGGCACUUGUCCCAGUAAGACCUUUGGGGGUUUUGACUCCACCAAAGAUCUGCCAGAUGAUGUCAUUACCUUUGCCCGUGGUCACCCAGCCAUGUACAACCCCGUUCAGCCCAUAGGAGGACGUCCCAUAAUGGUGCGGACAGAUGUGGACUACCAGUUCUCUCAGCUGGUGGUGGACAGAGUGGAGGCUGAGGAUGGGCAGUAUGAUGUCAUGUUCAUUGGCACAGACAGGGGCACUGUGCUGAAAGUGGUGACCAUCCCCAGGGAAAGUUGGCAUGACCUAGAAGAGGUUGUGCUGGAGGAGAUGACUGUUUUUAGGGAUCCCACUCCUAUCACUGCAAUGGAGCUGUCAACAAAGCAGCAACAGCUGUACCUUGGCUCUGCACUGGGAGUAUCGCAGAUGUCUCUGCACCGGUGUGAGGUGUAUGGGAAAGCCUGUGCAGAGUGCUGUCUAGCCAGGGACCCGUACUGUGCCUGGGACGGCACAGAGUGCUCCAGAUACUUCCCCACUGCCAAAAGACGUACCAGGCGACAAGACAUUAGAAAUGGAGACCCUCUGUCCCAGUGUUCAGACCUUCAACAUCAUGAUGACAUGGAUGGGAUUGGAGGCACUAUUGAAGAUAGGACUGUGUUUGGAGUGGAGAAUAGCAGUAUGUUUCUGGAGUGCAGUCCUAAAUCUCAAAGAGCUCUGAUUUACUGGCAACUGCAGCGACUCAAUGAUGACCGCAAAAUAGAGAUCAGAUUUGAUGACAGAAUCCUGCGCACUGACCAGGGCCUGCUGAUCCGCACUCUGACCCAGUCCGAUGUGGGGAUCUACCACUGCCAGGCUGUAGAGCACGGCUUCAUCCAGCCCCUAAUGCGCCUCAAUCUUCAAGUCAUCCCCACACAGAAGCUGGGUGAUAUUUUACCAGGUUUCCCUGUUGUGGGCACUGGUGUGGGCCCGUCUGCCAAACACAGAAUGUGGUAUCGGGAUUUCCUUUCUCUCUUGGACCACCCAGACCUCAACAGUGUGGAGGAGUUUUGUGACCGAGUUUGGAAGAAAGAGCGCAAGCAGAAAAAAGUGAAGACUGCUAAUGUCAAACCUGACCGUGCUGCUGCAAACCCCUUAAUAAGGCAAAAAUCUCUUCCACCUAAAGCCCAAAAACAGCAAGGAUCUCCCCCACAGAGCAGAGCAUGGCUUCAAACAGCAGUAUCAACAGCUGAAGGGACACAGCGGAGCCUCAACCCGCCACAACAAAACCUCAGCAGCCAAGCAUCUAAGAACAACCAGAAACCACAAGGUGGUCAAAAUGCUGGCUCCCAAGCUACUGGGGGAGGGGCUAGGGUGGCCAAUCAGCAUGCAGCGAAAUGGAGACGAAUGCAAGAGAACAAGAAGGGACGUAACAGGAGGACCCAUGAGCUCCAGAGACCCCCAAGGAGUGUUUGAGGAGGACAAAGCACAAUAGUGAAAGACAUAAGCACAAGCCCCAAGCAUCUAACAUCUAGACUUUCUAUAGUGUUGUAUUCAAUGUAUGAUCCAGUGACCUCUCCAUUAGAGCAGUUUUAGUUCCAUUACAUUACAACGCUGCUGAACUCACUUAAAUAAUCUGUGAAGUGGACAAUAGGACAAUGGUAAAGACAAUUCCACUGGAAUUAAGUGGCAAUGAGUGGGGACAUGACUGCCUAAAAUGUGGUCAGGCAGCCUUUAGGCUACUGUAAAUAAGCUACAAAAUUAACUGGGUCAGACUAAAGUGUUGUGUUCCUUCAGUGGACGUCCUGUGAAGAGACAAAGAGAUAAAAGGGACAGUCUUAGAGACUUGUGCACCUGUACAUUGGGCCCUUUACCUGAGCAUGUGAACUGAUACAAUACAUGGAAUGGAUUAUUUUGGAGAAGUGUCUAAGAGGAAAGAUUCUUUCCUGGAAACAUUUAAAGUGACAGAGCAACAAUUGCGCCCUUAAUGAUGGACAAGGGGUUGCCAUCAGUGGCCAUUAUAUUGAAGCAUCAUUCACAAGUCAGCCACAGUGUUGGGACAAUGCUUUAUUAUACUCGACAUGAGGAAAGAAACGCAUUGUGCAUGUCAUCAUCAAUCAAUGUUUAAUAAGCUAGGUAUUUUACUGACAUUAGAGGUUUUUUACGCCCUACCAAAUGUAACUUAAAUUCUUUUAUAUUUACUUUCCCUUCAAAACCAGUGCUUUGAAUGUCAGACAAGACAUACAUCAUAAUCUCAUUGUGCUCUUAUAUGGUUUCCAUGUAACUUAUUGUGUCAUUGUUUUCUCUGGGAUUUCUAGAAUAUAGAUUCCAUAUGGUUCAUGGCUAAAUGCUAAAACCCUGUUAUUUGUGUGCAUACAUAAUGCAAAUGUAUCGUUGUGUAUAUACAGUACCUAUACAGCACAAGAACGUCACUUGAUUACUAUUAUUUAUUGCUCAUAGUUAUGUGAAAGGGUUACAUUUAUUUUUGAUAUUUUUGGCUCAUUAGUAUAAAGACAAAGCAAUGGCAUCAACGGCCAUGAACUGUGGGAUGGACCAACAAACUGAAACUGGAAUCCUUUUUGUAGAUACUGUAUAAUGAAUGAGAAAUGCACAAGUGGCUUGACACAAGAGCCACUCAUUUUCUAGCUCCCACAAUAAUAAGCACAAGUUUGUUUUAUUUCAUUUCCCUACAUCUUUCAUUUGUCAAGUUGCCAUUGAGUGUAAAAUAAACCCCAACCUGAUAAAAGAUUAGCUGUGAAUCUCUGUAAUAGUGGAGAAAAUGUAAAAUCUAGUUUGAGGAGAAGACAUGUUAUUCUGCAUGUGAAUGCUACCUACAGUAAAUGCAUCUUUUUAGUGUCUCUUAGUGUUUUGUGUGAAAGGUGAAGUUCCCUUAAAACAAGGUGUGAAAUACUUUUGUCCUUUUGCCAAAACAGUGAUAAUAACAACUCUCCAGCCAAAGUUGAAUGGUCCUCCAUGAUACAGCAGCGCCCUCUGCUGGUCUUCCUCUCUCCUAGCACAUUACAAAAACACGUGCCAGUGCAAUAAAUUAGUGCAGAUAUGUACCUAGUCCUGUUUCAGUCCUCUCCUGUUUGACAAAUGAGAGAGCUAAAAGUUACCGCUGCUGUAACAGUACUUUCUG